AGGAAGUCCAAAAUGAUUAGCCCAUUGAAACUCAAUCUGAUCUUGGUUCUGUCUCUGUCCACCAUGCAUGUGUUUUGGUGUUAUCCAGCUCUGUCUUCAAAGGUGUCUGGAAAGUACGAUUCUUCCUUCAUCCUGCUGAACAGCUGCCCAGACAGGCUGGAUGGGAGUGAGGGACUAGCUUUUCUAAAGCCAAUUUUGGAGAAGAUGUCAAUGAAAAGGUCCUUUCGCAAUGGAGUUGGCACAGGAAUGAAAAAAACUUCCUUUCGAAGAGCAAAACGAUGAAUAAGUGUGCAAAGAACUCUGGGAAUUAAUCU